GUCCUGACAGCGCGGGAAUUUAACGCGAAGCCUCUGCGAUUUUCAGUCAUUGCCGACGCCGAUUCCAACCUAGCUCCACCCCCGCAAUCUCACCCACUAACUCACCAUGUCUCUCGACGAGCAAUUCAAACAAGUCGCCGAGUCCGUCAGGAACUGGAAGACCAGGCCUGCCGACUCCGAGAACCUCGCUCUCUACUCCCUGUACAAGCAGGCUAUCGCUGGAGACGUCAACAUCCCUGAGCCCAGCGGUAUUGUCGAGAAGGCCAAGUGGAAGGCGUGGAGCGAGCGCAAGGGCAUCUCCGCCGAUGACGCCAAGAAACAGUACAUCGACCUGGCGCAGCAGUGGGCGGGCAAAUACGCCUGAAUCUUUUUUUAAGUUAAUUUGUUAAGGAUUAUUACUAAUAAAAUAUUAACUUAA